AGAUAUUAAGAGGUCUAAUGCUUCUGUCUUGGUUAUGUAAAUGCUGCAUUUGCACCGUGUUUGGAAGAGUUACAGCAUUCCAUUCAUCCCUUCAAAAUAUAUAGUGGCUUGUGGCUUGGAAUUUAAAGGAAAAAAAAGAAGGUUUAUAUGUUUGAUAAGAUGAUGAUUAUGAUGAUUUCUCUUGGUAAUGAAAAUUUUAUACAGGUCCUGAAGGAUAAUCAAAAACCUUGACUUACCCGUUUUUGAUUUUUUAGAGUUACAGUUUUUGUUCUUCAUGGUGGCUGCUACAGAAUAUACAGAUUAAUUUCACGCGCUGCUGGCCCUGUUUAAUGUGAAUUAGAGGUCGUCAUCAGAUGGGACUGGCAAUGGAAAUGGGAUAUUUGCCAUUCACUUUUUCUCAAAUGAAGAAGAUGGUAGACUGGUAGAGUGGUAGUGGGCUUCUCCACUUUUCCGCUUUCUUUAUGUUCGCUGGGUCCGAUGGAAUCAGCUUAGCUUACGGGUUGUAGCCUGUGGGUUUUGGAUUCGAUUUUCGUUUAUCGUGUGAAAAUUCUGUUCAUUUUAGUGAGAGAAGAUACAGAAGCAUAAAUUGCAACCUCCAGCCUGUACCCUGGUAGAUAUUUGGUGCCUUUUUACAGGGCUCAACUCAGACGAGCAGAUUCAAUUAAGUAAGAGCCAAGUGGGAAACGAAGAAGAAGAAUGGAUGAGAUGUCAUCCAAGUCGAACAGGACGAAUUGUUCUAGGAGUAGCUCUGCUCGUUCGAAACACAGCACCCGUGUUGUGGCCCAAACCACCGCUGAUGCGAAACUUCAUGCAGACUUUGAAGAUUCCGAACAUUUGUUUGAUUAUUCCACGUCGAUUGACUUCAAUGCUGCAAGCGCGGAUAAUAAUAUUCCCUCUUCCACUGUUUCAGCUUACCUCCAAAGGAUGCAGAGAGGGAAGCUUAUCCAACCCUUUGGCUGUAUGAUUGCUGUCGAAGAAGAGAGCUUUGCUGUUCUUGCCUAUAGCGAGAAUGUCUCUGACAUGUUGGACCUGAUCCCACUUGCUGUUCCCAGCGUGGAGCAACAGGAAGUUCUCACAAUUGGAACUGAUGCUCGGACCCUCUUUCGGUCCUCCAGUGCAGCGGCCCUGCAAAAAGCGGCCAACUAUGGAGAGGUUAAUCUCCUCAAUCCAAUAUUGGUAUAUUGUAGGAACUCCGGUAAGCCCUUUUACGCAAUUAUGCACCGGAUCGAUGUGGGUUUGGUUAUAGAUUUGGAGCCAGUGAAUCCUGCUGAUGUUCCAGUAACUGCUGCUGGGGCACUGAAAUCCUACAAGCUUGCAGCCAAGGCUAUAUCCAACUUGCAAUCUUUGCCUAGUGGAAAUAUAUCGCUUUUGUGUAAUGUAUUGGUUCGGGAAGUUAGUGAUCUGACAGGUUAUGAUAGGAUAAUGGUGUAUAAGUUUCACGAAGAUGAACAUGGCGAAGUGAUUGCUGAGUGCCGGAGACCGGAUUUGGAGCCUUACUUGGGCUUGCAUUACCCAGCUACUGAUAUACCACAAGCUUCAAGGUUCCUCUUCAUGAAGAACAAGGUCAGGAUGAUCUGUGACUGUUCAGCACCGCCAGUAAAAAUAAUCCAAGACAAGAAAUUGGCACAACCCUUGAGCCUCUGUGGGUCUACACUGAGAGCUCCUCAUGGGUGCCACGCUCAAUACAUGGCCAAUAUGGGUUCCAUUGCAUCUCUUGUAUUAUCUGUGACAAUCAACGAGGAUGACAAUGACAUGGACAGUGGUCAGAAAAAGGGAAGGAAGCUGUGGGGCUUGGUAGUCUGCCAUCACACAAGCCCUAGGUUUGUCCCAUUCCCACUGAGGUAUGCGUGCGAGUUUUUGAUGCAAGUCUUUGGUAUACAGCUUAACAGGGAAGUGGAAUUGGCUACUCAAUUGAGGGAGAAGCAUACUCUGCAUACCCAGGCUCUGCUUUGUGACAUGCUCCUCAGGGAUGCUCCUGUGGGGAUUUUUACUCAAUCACCCAAUGUGACGGACCUUGUCAAGUGUGAUGGUGCCGCACUCUACUACAGUGGUAAAUGUUGGUUGCUAGGGGUCACCCCUACAGAGGCUCAAAUAAGGGAUAUAGUUGGAUGGCUUCUUGAGCACCAUCAUGGGAGUACAGGUUUAAGCACAGAUAGCCUCAUGGAAGCUGGCUAUCCUGGGGCUUCAGUUCUUGGUGAUGCAGUUUGUGGAAUGGUGGCCAUCAAGAUUACAUCAAAGGAUUUCCUCUUUUGGUUCCGUUCACACACAGCCAAGGAGAUCAAGUGGGGUGGUGCAAAACAUGAUCCUGCUGAUAAGGAUGAUGGUAGGAGGAUGCAUCCUCGAUCAUCGUUCAAGGCCUUCCUGGAGGUAGUCAAGAAGAGGAGCUUAUCAUGGGAAGACAUUGAAAUGGAUGCCAUCCACUCCUUGCAACUGAUACUUCGAGGGUCCUUACAAGAUGAAAACAAAAAAGACUCCAAGGCAAUUAUGAAUAUGCCUUCAGUUGAUGCAAGAAUUCAAAAGGUAGAUGAACUACGUAUUGUCACGAGUGAGAUGGUACGCCUUAUUGAGACAGCUUCAGUACCCAUUUUGGCUGUUGAUGCCUCAGGUAAUAUAAAUGGAUGGAAUACCAAAGCAGCUGAAUUGACUGGAUUGUGUGUGGAGCAGGCUAUUGGAAUGCCAUUAAUCAACCUUGUUUAUGAUGAUUCAGUUCAAGAAGUGAAGAGCAUGCUUUCCUUGGCUUUGCAAGGAAAAGAAGAGAAAAAUGUUGAGAUCAAGCUUAAAACAUUUAGUCCUCAAGGAUCUAAUGGACGUGUGAUACUGGUUGUCAAUGCUUGUUGUAACCGGGACAUGGCAGGAAAUGUUGUAGGAGUUUGCUUUAUUGGGCAAGAUAAAACAGGGGAAAGGAUGGUGAUGGACAAAUACACUCGUAUCCAGGGUGAUUACACUGCACUUGUGAGAAAUACAUGCACACUUAUCCCACCAAUAUUUAUGAUAGAUGAGCAUGGUCACUGCAUUGAGUGGAACAAUGCAAUGCAGAAAUUGUCUGGCAUGAAGAGAGAAGAAACUAUCAAUAAGAUGCUUGUGGGGGAGGUGUUCACUCUCUAUAGUUUCAGUUGUCAGGUCAAAGAUCAAGACACAUUGACCAGGCUCAGGAUAUUAUUGAACAGUGUAAUGGCAGGCCAGGAUGCAGAUAAGUUGCUAUUUGGGUUCUUUGACCGGCAUGGUAAGUAUGUGGAAGCUUUUAUUUUUGCAAAUAAAAGGACAGAUGCAGAAGGUAGGAUCAUUGGGGUUCUCUGUUUCUUGCAUGUUGCUAGCCCUGAACUUCAACAUGCUCUACGGAUGCAGAGUAUAUCAGAACAAGCUGCAGUAAAUAACCUCAAGGAAUUAGCAUACAUUCGUCAGGAAAUCAGAAAUCCACUUCACGGAAUACUGUUCACACGCAAUCUAAUGGAGGCUUCUGAUUUAAGCAAAGAGCAGAAGAAACUUCUGAGGACAAGCAUACUCUGUCAGGAACAACUAGCCAAGAUCAUAAAUGACAUUGAUUUGGAAAGUAUUGAUGAGUGCUGUCUCAAGAUGAAUACUGUCGAAUUCAACCUUGGAGAAGCUCUGGAGGUGGUCAUAACUCAAGUUAUGACUUUGAGCAGGGAACGACAGGUGCAGCUGAUCCAUGAUUUGCCAGCAGAAGUGUCAUCCAUAAACUUGUAUGGUGAUAACUUGAGGCUUCAGCAAGUCUUAUCAGAUUUCAUGAUGAAUGUUCUCUUGUUUACACCAGCAUUUGAACAAUCUUCAGUUGUGCUUAAGGUCAUUCCAAGAAAGCAACGUAUGGGGACUACUGUACAGAUUGUUCAUCUCGAAUUUUGGAUCACACACCCAGCACCAGGGAUUCCAGAUGCUUUAAUUCAAGAGAUGUUCCACCACAGCCCGAGUGUCUCAAGGGAAGGCCUAGGCUUAUACAUUAGCCAGAAGCUUGUAACGAUUAUGCAUGGCACUGUACAGUAUCUUAGGGAGGCAGAGAGAUCAUCACUCAUUAUUUUCAUCGAGUUCCCCUUGGUCCAUCGCCAUACUGGACCUGUGUGAUCUGAUGGUUAAGAAAGCAAACCUAAUCAUAACUAAACCAUUUUCAGCUCCCCACAUAACCCUGAACCAAUGGCAUAUUUUACCUUUAGAGAAAUGGGUGAACGAACUGGUUUCAGUCGGAAUUGGCUUGGUUGGACUGGACCUGUGUGAACUGGUUUCAGUCGGAAAUGGCAUAUUUUGGUUCUUCUUACAAAAUAACUGCUUAUCACCUGUGUGAGUGUUGUAACAGCCCUUGUAAAUUGGUUUGAAGGUGGCGACAUAAUUUCCCAAGUGCUUGAUGAUAACGGGCUUUUGGCCUCUUUGCUCAAAUCCAUUACUCGCAGUUUAUUUAUUUAUUUUCUAAUU